CUAAUUCUGAAGUCGAUAUAAAAGGGCAGAUGUCGUUUUACCAAGAUCAAGAGGGUGAAGUAUGGUUGACUGGUACUUAUCAGUAUGGUUUUCAAAAACCAGGUACUUGGGAUUAUUGUUGGACAAUUCAGAACGGUUGUGGGGAUAUUCUUUUUAAUCUCACUGAUUGGUUAUAUAUGGAGUAUGCAAAAGAUAGUACAUGUGAUGGUUAUGACGAUAAAUCAAGUUAUUAUAGAAAGAGAGAUGGUUAUCUUGAUAAAAGACAUAAAGAUAUAUGUGAAAUUGGUCCAUGGGGUAGUAAGCCUUGGGUAAUUAGAGUUAGUGAUUUAACUUGGGAUUGUGAUCAUGAAGGUUUUAAAUAUAAAACUUGUAAGGGUAAAGAUAUAUAUAAGGAUAUGGUGAUUGAUUAUUCUAAAGAAAAACUUCCAAAACGGCUUAGUGAUAUGGGUCCUGAAAGUGGUCUUUAUUUAGUUAUUGAUGGUCAAAGUAAAUGGGGAAAACGUCAAACUAUUACUUCACCCGCUGCUAUUAAUGUUAAUAAUGAAGGCAAUGUUAUAA